AUGUCCCUUUACAAACCAUCGUCUGGUCUUCUGGAGACCCAUGUGACGUGGCAUGAUGUAGAGGAAGAAAUGCAGAAGGCGUUGGGAACUAAUGCAGUUUUUGGACCAAAUAAGAAGGCAACUAAUAUUGGAGAUUUGAAGGGAUUCAUGUCCAGAAUCGCUUUGAUUGAUCCAGAUUGGCAGGGAACCAGCGAGGACGAGAAAUUGCCUGAGAAAUUUGCUGUGAAGAUUUCAUCCCAAAUUGCUCAUGCUAAGCUUGCUAGUGUCCUUGGUUCCGAAGGAUUCGAUGAGGCGAAAUUGGAAAUGUUGUCUGCGUUCACUAGAAAAUUCCAUAAUCAAGAAGUCGAGGCAUACAGACAUUUGAUGAAAUUCAAUCAUCCAGAUAUACCGUAUACCAAGGUCUACGCUCUAAAAUCAUUCUCCAAUGAAACCGAUUUAAAAGCAUAUAUCAUUUCGGAUUUCGUUCCAAACGUUCAUUGUAUGGGAAUGCAUCAGUCGAUAUCAGCAAACGAUAUCACCCAGUUGAUUCGCGGAGUUGCCACAUUUUCAGCAUUGGCUCAAAGUUUCACAGAAGAAGAACUAUCGAAAUUCAGUGGACCUGAAAUGAUGGAAUCCGCGUUUGCGCAGUUCUUUGAUGAUGAGCAAAUGGACAAAAUGUUCGGAAGUUUGGAUGCGAUUUUCGGAACGGAACAUAAGGACCUUCUAGAGAAAGUUGUUCCAAUUUUUCGUUAUUAUAAAACUCUUAUCAAGAAUUUUGCUCAUAUUCAAGAGAAUCCAGGGUUCAAGUUGGUCCUGAAUCACAAUGAUUUGUGGCAAGCGAAUAUGUUGCACAGUCUGAAGAACGAUCGAAAAGGUCUGAAAUUAGAGGCAAUUAUCGAUUGGCAAUGUGUUGGACGAGGAGCUGCUGGAUCGGAUAUGGUGCGGGUUUUAAUAUGCUGUUUGAAUGCUCAGCUCCACGACUCNUACAACAUCCAUUUCCCGCUGAUGGCCAUGAUCGUGGUCCCCAUGAUUAUGCCCUUUUUGGAUUCCCAUGAAACUGGAGAGGAAAAAGAAAAAUAUCGAGAGGAGAAUAUUGUAAAAUUGGUGGCUAUCAUGGAAGAUGUCAUUGAUUAUCAUGCGAAAAAUAUUGAGAAAUUCCCAACUUUUAUGAAAGUUUGA